AUGGCUGGCGUAAACCAUGGCUCGCUUUCCCAAUCACCAAGUCCGCACCCCCACAAUACCCCGCCAUCUGCACUCCCUGGAUCCUUGGCUGCACCUACCGGGCAAAAGCGUAAGAGAAUCAUCGCUUGUGUGAAUUGCCACAAGAAUAAGAAAAAGUGUUCGACGGGUAGCACAUGCGACUAUUGCGCAAAGACCGAACGAAGUUGCGUGUACCCCGAUACACAACCGGGAAAGUACCGCACGAAUGGGCUCACUGCCAAACGCCAGGAGACUGUGAAGGAGAGGAGACGUCUCCAAGAGGACCAGAGAGUGUUCGUGCGUCUACAGAUGUUGAAACAACUGCCCGGACUUGAAGGCUACCCGACGAUAGGGGGCCAGCCGCCGGUGCUUUUGCAGCAGCAACCACCUUGGGUGCAGCAGCAACAACAGUUACCACAUCCGCCAAUGCAACAACAGGUGCAACCUCCACCAGUCAUUGUUUCGGUCCACGGACCCAUCGUCAUCGAGGAUACCCCACCACCGAGUCCAAAGCCGAUUGCAGCCAGCGAUGAUGACUUGUAUUCCAAGUCGCCGCCUCAGUCGCUUCCAACACCAAGUUCUACCGCAGGGGACUCGUCCUGCCUGGACCUGGAUUUCAAUCUGGACCCUGUUGACUUCGGUACCCCCUCCCCGGUGUCUCCAGCGGAGGGCCUAUUUGGUCCUACCACUCCGCCUGCGGAGGGGCCAACCACGCCCCAGUCCCCCGUGACCGCACACGAGCAGCCCAUCGAGCAGCCCAAGUUCGAUUACGACCUGGGACUGUCUCUCCUCGACGACGAUGAUCUGGCCGAGCUGGGAAUUUUCCCAGAAUCCGGGGAGUCGGUUGGUGCGGAGACUGGAAGCGGCGCAGACGAUCUCACGAAGUGGAUGGACGACGCCCUGCUCGGGGCCACCAACCUUGGCACUUUCAGUGCAGAGGGCGGUAUGGACCUCCCUGCAAGUAGUGGCGAUCGGGCCGACGCCGAUCGUGAGAUCGAGCGGUUGUUGAACGCUGGUGACGAGGAGCGUGUCGGUGCGUGCGACAGCGGGUCGGAAAGCGGGUCGGAAACAACGCCGGGUGGAGACGAGGAUAAAGAGGAGGCAGAGGAGCGUUGGAGGGCGAACCUCCCGGAAGCCGACAGCGCCGACUUGUUGGUCCGCGGGGACCGCGGUUUGGAUAAAUCCCUUGCCGGCAACGACAAGUGGAUGGAGAAGCUGUUCUUUGAACUAGAAGCCCAGAUGCCUGCCUAG